AUGGACGACUACGCAAGCUCUGACAGCGAAUACACCAGCUACUGGCGAGACUGGUUCAUAUCUUCCCGAGGCAACGAGUACUUUUGCGAGAUUGAUGAAGACUAUCUCACAGACCGCUUUAAUCUCACCGGACUUAAUACGGAAGUGCAGUACUACCAGUAUGCGCUCGAUCUCGUCACGGAUGUCUUCGACAUGGAGGUCGAUGAUGACAUGCGAGAGCAGAUAGAGAAGGCUGCACGGCAUCUGUACGGUCUGGUGCAUGCGAGGUACAUCGUUACUACGCGGGGCCUGGCGAAGAUGAUGGAAAAGUACAAGCAGGGCGUCUUCGGCAAAUGUCCUCGGGUGAUCUGUGAGGCGCAGCACCUUCUUCCCAUGGGCCAACAUGACGUGCCCAACGUCUCUCACGUGAAGCUUUACUGUCCGAAAUGCGAGGACAUAUACAAUCCCAAAUCGUCACGACACAACAGCAUCGAUGGCGCCUACUUCGGGACCAGCUUUCACAACAUACUGUUCCAGGUUUAUGGGACGCUAAUGCCGCAGAAGACGCAGCGACGGUAUGAACCACGCAUCUAUGGUUUCAGGGUGCACGCAAGUGCUGCCUUGAUGCGGUGGCAGGAGGAAAGGCGAGAGGAACUCAAAGACCGGCUACGUCAGCGAGGCAUUGAAACGGGAUUCGAGGAGGAAGAUGACGGCGACGAGGAUCUCGAAAGCGAGGACGAUGAGGUUGACGACGACCAGGAAGGCAUCGACGACAUGUUCGAAGGCCAGAUGCAGGCUGUUUGA